CACGGUGGAAGCUCAUGUCGUACAGGACAAAUUGCAUUCCUAAUCAUCGUCAUCUUUAGAAGCGUUUAGAUUAGAUAACUAUCCAAUGAAUGAGUUGGUCAAUCCUUUAUAAAACACGUGUAGUUGAUAAAGAAACCCACACAAAACGACGAUAUCUACCAAAAUAUCCCACUAAUAAUGCCUCAAAAUCCAACCCUUUGGUCUGCCACAGUACCCUCUAGUUCCCGACCCAAAAGAGAGCAAAAUUACAUAACAAAAAAUCAGCAGCAGAGGAUCAGAUAUUAAUUAGACUAAGAUAUGUGCCCAACCAGGUGGUACACCUCAGCUUUCCGGUGGCUGGAAUUCGAUUUUUCUCUUCCAGCAUCAAUAUUCCGGUGGCCGGAAUUCGACCUCACAAACUUCACAGCUUGGUGGAACUUCCAGAGCUUCAGCUUCUUUGGGCUCUCAAUAAUUGAGAGUGUUUUCUGGACUUUUGUGACAGUUGUGGAGUCCUUAGCUUUGUUAGCCAUGCUUUGCUUCUUCUUUCUAUUCUGUGGUUGUACAAUCUGAUUCUUUUUUAUUUGCACUCUUCACUUGGAAUCGUUGUUGUUAUUAUUAUUAUUAUUAUUGGGGUAGACUACAGAUUUUAUCUGCUGUUUGCAUAAUUUGUUGGAAAUAUGACAAUUUUUUAUUUUAUUUUAUUUUAUCAUCUUGUUGGAUUAGUUAAGGAUAUAUAGCAUGGUUCAUCACAUUCACACAGUUAAAAAAAAUAAAAAAUCCAUGGUUCAUUGCAGAAUCCAUGAAUUCUUUCUUGUCCAUAAUCUGUGAUUCAAACAUUUGUAAUUGAGUUGUCUACUUCAAAUCCAAUUGCAAAAGACACUAACUUGAUUGGAUUCGAAGUCCUAUACAUAAAUUCCUCUUCUUCUAUCUAUGAAUUAUAGCAGUUCUGUAUUUUGGUGUCCAGGCAUCAACAUUAUUCAACUCUUUUGCUUGUCUUUUGGACUGAAAAGAACAGAAAUUGUUCAUCAAGACUGGAGAACUACUUUCCCAGAAGAAACUCCUUGCGUAGAUACUGCCAUAUCGGAUAGUAGUUGUUUUACCUUUGAAAGGGCAAUGGGUUUAAUUAAUUUUAUGUUAAUGUUACAGAGAGCUAGUUUUAUUUGUUUCUACAUUCAUUUUUUAUUAUUAUUAUUAUUAUUUUUUUAAUUUUGGUUGUCUAACAAAAGGUGAGGCAUUUUCUUGUUUUUUGUCCUGCUAAAAAUCUGCUUUUAGAUUGUCUUUUUUUAUCAAAUAUCAGAUCAUUAUCAUUUUCUAAGAACUAAUCUGCAUGUGUUGUUGAUAUUAAUUCAUAACACCGUUUGUACAAUCCAAUUUUCCGGCCUUUCAGUUCUCUAAAACCUUGGAUAUAUGUUGGUUUUGUUUUUUGAGGAUUCCAGUUUCUGUAAGUUUGUUAGAUUAGAGUAUUAUAUUUGUUUCUGUUCCAAGAAAAGCUUUACUAUUUUGCCUAGCUUUUCUUAACAUAAUAACCCACCAUCAAAAGUGCAAAAAGAAAGAAAGGGGAAAAAAUAAAUGUAUUUUGUGAUGAUUGGUCAUUGCUUUCACAUUAUGUCAAUGGUGUGGGGAACAGACAUUUGAGAGGCGUUUGUCACUAUAUUUAGCCAAAGUACUGAGAGGAGAGCAAUUUGUAGCCAAAAAAAGAGAGAACAUGGAGAGCAAACUAACAGUACUAGAUAUAGCACUUUCUCUAAACUCAUGGAUGCAAUGCACUUCAAUUGACAUUUUUUGAAUGGCAACUAUUAAAGCCUCCUGCUGAAUUUUCAAUGCCAAAUUAGUCACUAGAACAAGGCUCCCAUUUAAUUAUAUAUAAAAAAUAAAAAUAAAUAAAAGAAGAAAAGUGUCAAUUUUUCAUGCUAAACUUACUAUUGUUUACAUGAAAGGAUUUCCUACACAAAUAUGAAGAAAGUCUAGAGAAUUCUACUUUGUUUUCUCUGAUUUUUUUUUUUUGUUUCCAUGGGGCUACAAAUGCCCUUACCUUGUUUUAGGCACCAUUUAAAUUUCCCUCCCCUUCACAAUAUUGAAACUAAUCUUCCCUCCACCCCAUUUUUCAUCCUCAAUUAUUGGCCAAGAUGAAUACUUUGAUCUCUCUAUCAUCUUCAAUUCUUCUCCAUAUUGCUUUCUUCUGCCUCAUCCUCCUUCCAUCAAUGCAAUUAUCUGCUAUAAACGAUGGAAAUUUGAUAAAGCAAACAUGCAAAAAUACACCAUACUUCCAAGUCUGCUAUAAUUCACUAUCUUCUGACCCUCAUAGCUCCAAAGCAGAUGCUCCAGGGCUAGCCCUUAUAGCUGUUAAUAAGAUUAGCGAAAAUGCAACUUCUAUUCUGCAUUACAUCAAGGCUGUGUACAUAGAAACCAGAGAUUUGGCAGUGAAAACCGCCUUACAUGGUUGCAAUGAAGUGUACAAUACUGUUGUGAAUAUUCUCAUACCAGAAGCCAAUGAAGAAUUAACCAAAGGAAAUUAUAAAUUUGCUACUGAUGGUAUUACAAAUACAGGUAGGGAGGCCCAGAAAUGUGAAAACUAUUUCGAAAAACCUCAGAAGCUCAACAUUAAGUGAAAGCAACAAAUAUGUUAAUGAACUUUCUGAGGUGGUUUUGUCCAUUAUUCAAACACUCUUGAGCUAGGUUGAUCUCAUAGGUGUUUCAUGAUAUAACUACUUACUAGCUAGUUCAAUUUCAGUUGUUCUUUAGCUAGUUUUGAUCGAUGACUGACCACAUUUUGGACAAACAGGAAAGCAAAAAAGAGAAGCUUUUCAUUAUUGAAAUAUAUGAAACUGCAUUUUUAGUCUUUUUUAUACACACCUUACUGUAUAUUUUCAAUGUAUAUUGAACUGUUUUUUUAUAUUUUUAGUCUUUUAUGAUUAUUUCUUACAAAUUUAUAAGUAGCUCAUCUGUAGUUAGCAAUAUGAUAUUCCCUGCAUACUUUCAUAUUUACUUGUAAAUUUGGCAUGGAAUGCGUGCAAAUAAAGUCUUCAUUGUGGUGGAAAACAUAUUUUAUGCCAAAUGGAAUUAAAUGGUGCUGUUAUUCCAAUAUUAUCAGCUCCGUGGAUAGAGAUAAAGAUAUGGAUCUAUCUAGAUCUUGAUUCACUAUUUCCAUUUUUUGUUUUUUGUUUUUUUUGAUUUUGAUUGAUUGCCUUUUAUCUUUUUCUGUUUUUUACGACAAGUUUUAUAUUGACAAGGAAACAUCGUUUUUCAAUUAUUAAUUGCUGGGUCCGAGCGUAGACUAGAUUAACGGCAAGUAAACAAAAUUGAAAACAAUUUAGAUAAAGAAUUAGAAACGCAAUGCAAUUAAAACUUGGAAUGAGCAGAUUACCUUGUUUGGAUAUAAAUUUAAUGAAAUUUUGGAUUUUGCAAUAACCUCUCCAUUUGGUGUUGAAAUAUAAAUGCUCUGACAUUCUUUGUGGGCUUUCUUUAUGGAAAAAAUGAAAAAUGGAAGAAAUCAAUGCCCCCAUAUGCAAAGGAAAAACCAGGGAAGAUAUUUGCCUUCUCUUCAAGUUGAAUUGUGAGGAAAACUAAUAAAUCCAAAAUCUCUUUCGUUUUCCUUUCCUUUCUUUUUGUGUUUGGAUCAUGUAUACACAUCUAAUCUUAAGGUGUCCUCUUUAGAAAGAAAAAAAACUUUCUUUCUCCAUUAUGAAAGGUCUUUUCAGCUGCCAAUAAAAGCUAGUUACACUCGUUUCGCUUUCACAGAUUUACUCAUAUAUCAACAAAAUUUCUCACCUUCUCAAAAUCCUGUAGGAGAUGAAGAGGUUUACAGCGUCCAUAUUUCUUGUCCAUGCUUUCUUCCUGCUUUCUUUACCAACAAGCCAGUGCAGGGUACUUCCAAUGGAUGAAAAACUCAUUGAAAGCACCUGCAGACAGACACCCAACUAUGAUCUCUGUGUCUCUUCUCUCAAAUCAGAUCCAAAAAGCUCCACUGCAGAUGUUCCUGGUUUAGCCCUCAUAUUGGUUAAUUUAAUAAAAUCCAAGGCAACUGAAACUCUGAACCAAAUCGAUAGUUUGCUUAAGAGAGGUCCAGGAGCUGGUGAAAAGCAGGCCCUGGAUUCUUGUCAUAGCAAGUAUCAUGCCAUAUUGGAAGGUGAUGUUCCUCAAGCCAUUGAAGCUUUAACCAAAGGAAACUAUAAAUUUGCAGAAGAUGGUGCUAAUGAUGCAGCCAAUGAGGCUAAUAGUUGUGAAAGUGAUUUCCCAUCAGGAAGUUCACCUCUGACUGAUAUGAACAAAUACGUCCAUGAUGUGUCUGCUAUUGCUGCAACUGUUGUUAGUACACUGCUUUGAUAGAUGAUGAUAACUUUGUUUCUUUUCUAACAAGUUAUGUAGAUGUUUCCUUAAUUAAUAAUAUGCAGUGUACUUUGACAAGAAAUUAAUGCAAUAUAUCCCCUGAAAAAAGCACUCCACUUUUUCUGAGUA